CUGUUGGAGAGGAGGCAGAGUCAAUCCUCUCUCUAUCUCUUUCUUUCUCUCUCUCUCUCUCUCUCUCUCUCUCUCUCUCUCUCUCUUCAUCCCUCCUUCCUUUCUCUCUUAUCCUCCCCUCACUCUUUCUUCUCCAGACCCACUGUCUCAGUUUCAUCCUGUGGAUAUACUGUCUAAGGACGGAGGAGGGAUUGGAGAGAAGGGAUCUGCUGAAUGGGCAUGGAGGACCAAGAGUCUGAGCUGCCGAUGGACCCGGAAAUCUGCUUCGAUCCGCUCUUCAUCGAUGAGGAAGAUAAGUAUGGGGAUGAUGGUGAUGAAGAGGAGACGGACGCUUCGUCCCAGCCUCUACUGGGAGUUACCAGUACAAACACACUCCUGACUGGCUCAGCUCACAGUCAGUCCUCCCUAUCGGAUACCUACAGAGAGACACACCUGGAUGAGACACAAGGCCAGUUCAAGGACAUGGACACCGUGUUGAGGAGUUGUGUAGGAGAAACUACAGACUCUUUUGGGUCUCAGCUGUUGACAACGGCCCACACUAACACACGCCUUAGUGGGUCAGGACAGAACCAACCACAUCUUGAUGGGUUAGGACAGAACCAACCACACCUUGGUGGGUCAGGACAGAACCAACCACACCUUGAUGGGUUAGGACAGAACCAAGCACACCUUAGUGGGUUAGGACAGAACCAACCACACCUUAGUGGGUCAGGACAGAUCCAGUCACACCUUAGUGGGUUAGGACAGAACCAACCACACCUUAGUGGGUCAGGACAGAACCAACCACACCUUAGUGGGUCAGGACAGAACCAACCACACCUUGAUGGGUUAGGACAGAACCAACCACACCUUGGUGGGUCAGGACAGAACCAACCACACCUUAGUGGGUUAGGACAGAACCAACCACACCUUAGUGGGUCAGGACAGAUCCAGUCACACCUUAGUGGGUUAGGACAGAUCCAGCCACACCUUAGUGGGUCAGGACAGAACCAACCACACCUUAGUGGGUUAGGACAGAACCAACCACACCUUGGUGGGUCAGGACAGAACCAACCACACCUUGGUGGGUUAGGACAGAUCCAGUCACACCUUAGUGGGUCAGGACAGAUCCAGCCACACCUUAGUGGGUCAGGACAGAUUCAACAACACCUUAGUGGGUUAGGACAGAUUCAGCCACACCUGAGGGAGAUGGAUGACCUAUUAAAGAGUUGUGAGGACAUGACAGGUGUGUCCAUCGCCUCCUGUCUGUCCACCAGGUACACAGACACACACCUGUCUGGACCAGCUCAGAACCAGAACCAGUCAGACAUACAGAAGAUGGUUGCUAUGAUGGGGAGCUGUGGUGGGAAUGAUAGUCACACAGGUGGCUCCAUCCUGACCUACACAGAUACACACAUGGAGGAGUCUAGGAACCAGCGUCAAACUCACCUGAAGGAGGUGGAAUCCAUUUUGGAUCAGAGUGGAGCCACAGGAGCCGCUGUCGAGCCUCAGUUACCUCCUCUUACCUCCGUAGGCACUCAGCUGAGUGGCACUAUGGCUGAGUAUCAGACAGAGCUAAUGGCGAUGCUGGCCAUGUUAGAGAACUGUAUGGAGGAGGCAGGGAUUACCUUUGACCCUUUAGAGUGGACUUACCCUAGCUUACCCAAAGGAUAUGGCCAACCCAACCCCAACAUGAAUAAGGUAACACAAGACAGACACAUGGAGAGAGGACUAGCAACACAAGGAGCCAUGGAAUCUAUGGGAUGUGUGGAUCUGAAGCCAUAUUUGGGCAGUACCUUUGGCCAAUUUGAGCCCCCAAGCUAUGAAGCUAUCUCCACAGAAAGACACUCGGAUGAGUUAGGAGACUGUGGAGAUACACACGCGAGAGGGUCCAUGUCCACGGUGUGUGACGAGGACACAGAAGGACAUGUCUCCGGUGUUUCUGUAGGGGAAACAGAGGCUCACAAUAUGUGGGACCAACAACUAGAGACGGGGCUGGGACGGGUGGAGAUGAGGGGAUCCCUGCAAGAGUUGGAGGUGUUGGGUACUUUGCUAGAAGGGUGCAUCGAAGAGGUGGAGAAACUGGAGAAGAGACGGAAUGAACUGAUGGGAGAGCUGCAGGCACUAAGAGAGGAGAAGACGGGGACAGAGGAAGGGAGAGAAGGAGGGCAGGCGGCACAGUUAAGCCAGGUGCUGAAUAUUGAGGCAGAUGGGAGGAGGGAGGCGCGGAUGAGGGAGUGGCAGUCUUUGAGGGCUGAGAGGAGUGAGGAGGAGAGGAGGCUGUCCAGUGUGCGUCUGGAGAGGCAGGGUCUUCAGGAGGAGAUGAGGAGGCUGAAGAGGAGGCUGUUCUCUGUCGCCAGGGAGUGUGCUCACAACCAGGUCAUCCUGGCAACACAGCAGCGUGACGUUGCCCAGCUCAACAAGGAACAGAUGGAACUUGACGCACUGAUCAUCAAGCUGACUGAGGAGGUGUCUCAGCUCCGCUCCACCCACCAGUCCCAGCUCUCCACUCUGCAGUCUCAGCUCCAGACCCACAGCCAGACACCCAACCCCAUAGAGGAGAUGACCCAGAGCAAGAGGAACUCCUGUGGGGACAUACAGCAGUACCUGCAGGGAGGGCUCAAAGCCCUGGAGGAAAGGUAUGAGCCAAUGCUGCUGGCCCUGUUGAAACGGAGGGAUGGGACGUCAGAGGCCCUGGUGAAGGCCAGGCAGCAGGCCCAGGAGCUGAGGGCCCGUCGGGGGCCCCUGAGGGAGGAGGGACAGAGGCUGGGGCUGCAGAGAGCCUGCCUGGAGGAGAGACUCAAACUGAUGGAGACCCACAGGAGAGAGGACGUGGAGCAGUACAAGGAGACAGUGGACAGGCUGGAGGAGACUAGCAGAGAGCAGAAGAUGGAGCUACAAAUCCAGAAAAGGAAAACCAAAAAGAUGGAAGAACUGAGAGACAGACUUACUAAAGAAUUCAACCUGUACAGAGGCAUUGUCGAGGACCAUAACAAGAACGAUUUAGCCAGUGUGAAGGAGGAAACAUGACCACUGGGACAAAUAGAAGUCGAAUAUACACUGAGUGUACAAAACAUUAAGAACACCUUCCUAAUAUUGCGUUGCACCCAUCAGAACAGCCUCAAUCCGUCGGGACAUGGACUCUACAAGGUGUUCGAAAGCGUUCCACAGGGAUGCUGGCCCAUGUUGACUCCAAUGCUUCACACACAAACCGGUUUGCCUGUCACCUACUACCAUACCCUGUUCAAAGGCACUUAAAUAUUUUGUCUUGUCCAUUCACCCUCUGAAUGUCACACAUACACAAUCCAUGUCUCAAUUGUCUCAAGGCUUAAAAAUCCUUCUUUAACCCGUCUCCUCCCCUUCAUCUACACUGAUUGAAGUGGAUUUAACAGGUGACAUCAAUAAGGGAUCAUAGCUUUCACCUGGAUCCACCUGGUCACUUUAUGUCAUGGAAAGAGCAGGUGUUCAUAAUGUUUUGUACCCUCGCUGUAAGUCAGUUUUAGGUAACGAGACGAACUGCCCUUUCUCUGUACACACCCACUUCUAAUAUAACCUUUUUUUUUUUUUUUUACAAAUAUACAUUUUCUAUACUUUUCAGAUGCAUGUGUGAGUUAUCUGGAACGAUAAGAGAGAGAGAGAGAGAGAGAGACAUUGAAAAUGUUAUAUUUUAUCACGGGAAAAACCCGAGGGGAAAAAAAGCAAGAUGGCUGUUUCGUACACUGACAGCUGAACCAUGAGUUACCAAUCAGGUUUGGAAAGAGGUCUUAUUAAAACACCAAACACUCAACUACAUCAUUUUCAUUCUAUAUUUAGACAUUGUUACACAUCUGUAGAGCGGAAGGUUCUGGAACGGUUUGAAGAUAAAUGUGAUUUUUGUUUUCUUUAUAGAGAGCAUUGCGGUCAUGAAUUUAAAAAAAUUAAAAAAAAGUGUUGUGUUCUUUUAAAAACUCUAAAACUAUCUUGAGUGUUGGUGAUGAGUUCACUGCCAUUAGUCAGAACACAGUGUUUUGGGUCCCAAAAUUGCACUCUACAUCCUCUACAUAGUGCACUACUUUCGACCAUGGUCCGGUGUCAUAAAGUAAGCGCACUCAGGGAACAGGGUGCCAUUUGGGAAAGCCAAAACCAGCGAGAAGGAAGGUGUGCAUAUAAGGGCAACACAGUGGAAUGUUUUAAACAAAUGACAGAAGCUAAUGGAGUGAGUUUUGAGCCCAGGGGAUAUAGGGA